GAGCCAUGGUGGUGGUGCCUCCCGGCGCUCUCUGCCUGGGCGCGGCGCUCAGCGGGCUCUUCAGCUUCGGCUUCUUAGCCGCGGCCCUGGGCACCGAUUACUGGUACCUGGUGAGCGUGGACUCGGCCAACAGCAGCGCUUGGGACGCCGAGCAGCUGAGUUCCCACUCCGGGCUCUGGCGCCUCUGCGAAGGACAGAACCCCUGCACGCCUCUGAUAGACCGGUUCGGCACAGAGAGCUGGCAAGUUCCCGCAUCGCUCCAGCAUCUUAUAUCCAUGCAUCGAGCCUUUGUGGUCCUUCUGCCUCUCAGCCUCGUCUUGAUCGUCUUUGGCUGGAUCUGUGGGGUCAUCGGUUCCUUGGUCCAGAGCUCCCAGCUUUUGCUCUUCACAGGCUGCUAUUUUCUGCUGGGUGCACUGCUGACCCUGUCGGGGACCAGCACCUACAUCUGCUACUCCAGCGCAGCCUUCGCCGAGACAGUGCGCAUGUUUGACCAGCAGCGCUUUGAGCACGUCCGCAUCGCCUUUGGCUGGUCCCUGGCCCUUGCCUGGCUCUCUUUUGGCACCGAGGGGUUGGCCGGCAUCCUGCUUCUCCUGGCUGCUUGGGGGCUCCGCCUGAAGCCGGAUGCCUGUGCGGUGAUCAUCUGAUGCAG